AUGUAUGAAGUUGCUGUUUGUAUGUGCAAUGAUGUGCUGCUGUAUGAAGUUGGUGAAAAUUCAUGUACUGCUUUGCUAAUUGAGCCAUUGAGGCAUUGGUUAGUAUUAGUUAUGAAACUGGAGCGUGGAUUGUCUACCCAAAAAUCAUCUAAGAUGACUAAUGAUACUAAAGGCAUUGUUAUUGGCGCUAUGGCUGCUGUUAUUCCCUACGCGCUUGCUUUUCUUAACGAGCAUAGGUCUAAAACAAGAAGGCUAAGAAUAAUUAGGCGACCCUAUAUUAAUAGAGAUAGUCUGAGGUCGGAGAUUGUUAAUAGUGUUUUGUAUUGUGGUGAUACUCAUUGUUUGGGUCAGAUUCGUAUAAGGCCUCAAGCAUUUUUCAAUUUGCGUAAUAUUCUAGUUGAAAGAGGACUUUUGAAAGAAAAUAUUCGAAUAGGUGUUAAAGAACAAGUAAUGAUAUUUUUAUACAUUUUAGGGCAUAAUGUAAGAUUUAGGGUAGCGGGGGAAGAUUUUUCCGAUCAAUUUGGACCAUACAUCAUUACUUUCAUGUUGUUCUUAAAGCCAUCCUUAAAUUGUACCCUGAAUUUGUCAAACCACAAGCCUCUCCUCUUCCAUCUGAAAUUCAAAACAACCCUAGGUUUUUUCCUUGGUUUGAGGAUUUCAUAUAUAGGAGCUAUAGAUGGGACACAUAUACGUGCAUCUGUCCCAAUUGAAAUGCAAGGUCGAUUUUGUGGUAGAAAAGGUGGGACAACCCAAAGUAUGCUAGGUGCUGUUGAUUUUGAUAUGAAAUUUACAUAUGUGCUGGCUGGUUGGGAAGGUUCUGCUCAUGACUCAAAGGUCUUGCAAGAUGCGCUCAAAAGGGGAUUUAAGGUUCCUAAAGGAAAGUAUUACCUUGCUGAUGCGAGGUAUGGUGACCGUAAAGGAUUCAUGCCUCCAUAUAGGCGUACUCGCUACCACUUGAAAGAGUAUACCAACAAUCCACCCGAGAAUGAACGUGAAUUAUUUAAUCUUCGACACUCCUCGCUAAGAAUGGUUGUGGAGUGGGCAUUUGGAGUAUUAAAGAAGCGAUUUCGUGUCUUGGAUGCUGAGCCAUUUUGGCCGUAUGAAACCCAAGUAGAUGUACUUCUAGCAUGUUGUGUGUUACAUAACUACCUUAGAGGUGUUGACCCAAAUGACCCAAUUACAAGAGAAGUUGAAGUAGAGAUGACAUCACAAGAUUUACAACACAUGGGCGAAGCACGUACUCGAGGGAAACAGUGA